GGAGAAACGUACAAAUGUGAAAACAUGACAACAUCGAAAUUUAUAAAAAUACAAAUUUCAAGUUAAGACCCCCCAGUUUUGUUUCCCCCUUCUGCGUGCAAAUUCGCCUUCUCACCGCUGUCUUUUUAUUCGGUCUAUUUUUUUUUUUAAUCUGUUGAUAUGUUUCGACACUUUGCUCUUGCUCACUCUGUUCAUUAAGCACACUCUUUCGAUUCAGCACGCCUCUUCCAAUCACGAUAACCGCCUUGCAUUCCCACUGACCUCGCCACUGGAACGACCAAAACCAAUUUCUACGCAUACACUAGUAAAAUGCCAUUUCACUUUUUCAAAGCAUGGCGUCUGAUAUUUCUAUAUUUUUAUUUUAAAAUACAAAUUGAGUGUUAUUUGGAUGAUCCGAAGUUGCCAGAAUGUGACGUGUCCAUCGACACGGCAAUUUGUAUUAACAAUGGGCAAAAGAUCCUGUUGCCCGAGGCAAAGCCAUAUGGCAUUUCCGCGCACAUAAACUUCGACAGCAUAUCUGCUGUAGACGCAACUGGCAACAGAAACCAUGCCGUCGGAAACUUUUUCGCCUCCACUGGAUUUGGCGGUAUCGGGAACUCUUCCUUGUUCAGAAAAAAUUACAUUUACAUUCCCCAUUCGGACGAGUAUUUCAAAACGGUCGAUUUUUCCUACACCUUUUUUAUCUACCUACUGGAGGAUGAACUAUCGAUAAAAAACAACGUAGAAGAAAUGUUUUGCCCAGUAAUCCACAAGGGAAUCAUAAAAGACAAGAUCCAGGAAUCCUCCCCAGCUAUAUUAAUAAAUGCAAAGAACGGACGAAUUAAAAUCGUUUUGAGCACCUCUUCUAGCACGAACUCGGGAAUAACAAAAACGAACGACUUUCCGAUAUACAUCGGGGGGGCACCAUAUUCAGUAGAGUCUUGUGACUAUCCAUUUUUAUUGGACGAAUUAAAAGUUUAUAAUUUGAGCAUCGGAGUGGACCACAUUCAGAGUGAAGCGGCAUCAACCCUAAACGGAAUAGAACCAUCUUUCAUCUACUUUGGAUGUUUUCAUUGCGAUAUUAACAAUGCUAUUUUGUCUUGUCCGAAUAAUUAUCAUUUAUGCAAUAAGGUGGAACUAUACAUCGGGGUUUACAAUGUGAUGAGGAAGUUCUCGCUAAAUAUAAAUAACCUCAUAUUGCCCUUCUCCCCCGAGAAUCACACGGGCAUAGGUGUGUGCUGUGCCGAUAUAUGA